CCUCACUCCCCGAGCCUUGUCACAGUCAUACUGGCAUCUCUCUAGCCUUGGUCGCUGGCUAGCAGCGCCAUUCUUCUUCCAAAAUGCCUGUCGUCAACGUCGAUGACCUGGUCCGUCUCCAGCGGAAGCCCGAUGAUAUUCGAAAUAUAUGUAUCCUAGCACACGUUGACCACGGCAAAACAUCUUUAACAGACAGUCUCAUCGCCACUAAUGGCAUCAUCUCGCCAAAGCUGGCGGGCAAGAUCCGCUACCUGGACUCUCGUCCAGAUGAACAGCUGCGUGGAAUUACCAUGGAGUCAUCUGCGAUUUCUCUCUUCUUUUCCAUGAUGCGUCGUUCCGCGCCAGACGCCCAACCAGAGGCUAAGGAGUACCUGAUUAACUUGAUUGACUCCCCUGGACAUAUCGAUUUCAGCAGCGAGGUAUCGACAGCCUCGCGUCUCUGUGACGGCGCAGUUGUCCUUGUCGACGCUGUCGAAGGUGUCUGCAGUCAGACAGUGACGGUUCUCCGUCAGACCUGGGUCGAGCAGCUGAAACCAAUUCUGGUCAUCAAUAAGAUGGACAGGCUGGUCACUGAGCUGAAAAUGAGCCCGGGAGAAGCUUAUUCUCAUCUCAGUAGGCUGCUUGAGCAGGUUAACGCAGUUAUCGGUAGCUUCUACCAAGGAGAGCGAAUGGAAGAAGAUCUUCAGUGGCGUGAGCGAAUGGAAGAACGUGUCAAUGCAUCUGCAGCGCAGCAUUCGAAAAAGCACGCUCAAGACGACGAAUCCACCGUAGGAAGCAUCGACGGAACAGAAUUUGAAGAACGAGACGACGAGGAUCUCUACUUCGCACCUGAGAAAAACAAUGUCAUCUUUUGCAGUGCCGUCGAUGGAUGGGCGUUUACUGUGCGACAGUUCGCAGCUAUUUACGAGCGAAAGCUCGGUAUCAAGCGCUCUAUCCUCGAGAAGGUCCUUUGGGGAGACUUCUAUCUCGAUCCUAAAACAAAGCGCGUGCUCGGACAGAAGCACCUUAAAGGGCGAGCCCUGAAGCCCAUGUUCGUGCAGCUCGUGCUCGACAGCAUUUGGGCGGCAUAUGAGGCGACUACCGGUGGUGGAAAGGGCAAAGGUGAUCCUGCCUUGCUUGAAAAGAUUACAAAUUCUUUGGCAAUUACCAUCCCACCAUACAUUCUGCGAUCACGCGACCCCAGAAAUAUUAUGACUACGUUAUUCUCAAUGUGGCUGCCUCUGUCAACUGCGCUUCUAGUCUCUGUCAUUGAGUAUCUUCCUAGUCCUCGUGUGGCCCAAGCUACUAGGUUACCUGAAAUGAUUGAAGAAUCUCCGGGAUCCAGGUUUAUCGGCCAGAAAGUGAAAAACUCUAUGAUUGAGUUCAAGACCGGUCCUGAAGACCCUAUUGUAGCAUACGUUAGCAAGAUGGUUGCUAUCCCAGAGAGUGAACUCAUGUCCAGCAAGAAGAGAUCCGGCACGACCAUGUCCGCAGAAGAGGCCAGAGCUCUUGCCCGACGAAAGCGCGAAGAAAUUGCCAAGCUGCAAGCAGACGCCGGUGGUGAUGAGACGAAUGAUUUCGUGAGAAUCACUUCAGCAUAUGAGCGGAUCAUUCUAGAUGAUAAGGACCAAACACCUGAGCCUGAAGAGAAGGAGGAUCCUGAUCAUCUCGUCGGAUUUGCCCGUCUCUAUUCCGGAACUCUCUCAGUGGGCGACUCUGUAUACGUCUUACCUCCCAAGUUCUCACCUGAAAAUCCGCAUGCAAGCCCUGAACCGCAAAAGGUGACGGUGACAGACCUCUACCUCCUCAUGGGACGAAGCCUUGAACCUCUACAAUCCGUGCCUGCGGGUGUCGUGUUCGGAAUCGGUGGUCUUGCCGGCCACAUCCUCAAGACAGGUACUCUUUGCUCGCAGCUCGAAGGCAGCAUCAACCUAGCUGGUGUCUCAUUGAACACCCCUCCCAUCGUGCGAGUCGCUCUCGAACCUGUGAACCCAGCGGAUCUAAGCAAGAUGGUCAAUGGUCUACGACUUCUUGAACAGAGUGACCCAUGUGCACAGUACGAAGUCCUUCCUAGCGGCGAACAUGUCAUCUUAACCGCUGGAGAACUUCACCUAGAGCGCUGUGUAAAGGAUCUUCGCGAGCGGUUCGCCAAAUGCGAGAUCCAAACGGGUCAGACAAUCGUGCCGUACCGAGAGACCAUCGUCAGCGUUCCAGAAAUGGCGGCUCCGAAGAACCCAGAGCUAGGACGAGGAGGAGUGCUCGCAGUAUCAGCUUCAAAGCAGCUGUCCAUCCGAUUACGUGUCGUACCCUUACCAGCCGUUGUCACCGACUUCUUCACAAAACAUGUCGGAACAAUCAAACGCCUUCAAUUCGAGAAACGCACCGCCAAAGCAGAAUCUGAAACCGAGCCCGAAAACAGCACUCUGCUCUCUGACAGCGCACAGGUCGAAACCAGUGACGCCACAGACGAAGCUAGAGAGGGAACCCUCCUCACCCUCAAGGACUUCAAAGACGAGCUAAACAAGCUUUUCAAAGAGCAAGUCAAAGACGACAAAGAGCUCUGGAAAAACGUUGUCGAUAGAAUCAUCGCCUUUGGCCCCAGACGAAUCGGCCCUAACGUCCUCGUCGAUGCAACAGCCGUCAACACCUGCGAGAAAUUCCUCCUGGAAGACACCAAACAACAACCCGGCAACCUCGGAGAAAACGCCCCCCAUGAUGCCCUGAUCGUGCGCGACUUCUGCGAUAAAAUCACGCACGCUUUCCAACUCGCCACGGGCUACGGCCCGCUCUGUCAAGAGCCGAUUCAGGGUGCUGCAGUCUUCCUCGAGGAAGUAGCCAUCAACGCGAAUGAAAAGGACGAGCUUGAUCUCGGCAGACUCACAGGCGAAACAAUCCGUCUAGUCCGCGAGAGUAUCGCCCAGGGAUUCCUCGAUUGGAGUCCGCGGAUAAUGCUUGCAAUGUACAGCUGUGAGAUCCAGGCUUCGACCGAAGUCCUUGGUCGGGUCUACGGCGUCAUAACCCGUCGCCGCGGCCGCAUUCUAUCUGAACUAAUGAAGGAAGGCACGCCGUUCUUCACAAUCCUUGCCCUCCUCCCCGUGGCCGAAUCGUUCGGGUUUGCAGAAGAAAUCCGAAAACGGACGUCUGGAGCCGCGCAGCCACAACUGAUCUUCGCCGGGUUUGAAAGUCUAGACGAAGAUCCGUUCUGGGUUCCGGCCACGGAAGAGGAGCUCGAGGAUCUGGGCGAGUUGGCGGAUCGUGAGAAUGUCGCGAAGCAGUAUAUGGAUGCGGUGAGGAGGAGGAAGGGCUUAGUUGUACAGGGGAGGAAGUUGAUUGAUGCCGAGAAGCAGAAGACAUUGAAGAAGUAGAAUACAUCUUCGGUCCCUCUCCCUCUUGAUGGUUGGUUUCUAGACUUUGUUACGUGAUAUUGGGUUCUGUUUGCGC